AGCCAAUUCAAGAACCCACGUUCGCAGAAGAUCCAUCCUCCAUCAUCUCAUUCUCUCUCUCGGCGUGACAUACCCCUCUCUAUCACGGUAUCACCAUCAUCUCCAUAGCCAUAGUAUACGGCGAAUGGCAGAUAAUAUUGUUCCCGAUAAAUGAUGAAUCAGUUUUGAGCAUAAAUCUCUAUGGAAAAAAAAUGGUUAAUCUUCUUUCUAUUCUAGCUCAAGAUCUGGAAAGGAAUCCCUAUUGUUCUCCCUGUGGAUGAUGGCUUAUUUAUACUGCCGAAAUGGAAUAUUGGCUGUUGCUUCCCCAAACCUUUUGUCUUGAAUAGAGAUAGAGAUUUAGAGAUGCGGGGGUCUGCAUGUGAGACCUCAAAAAUCAUCUAUUAUCAACGUUAACUAAACAAACAGAAUCCAGCAUUGAGUCUUCUCUUUCUCUCUCUAACCCCACGCACCUCCGGGUUCCUCCCAUUGAAGUGAAUGUGAAGACGUGUGAGGGGGCCGGGAAACAUUAUUAGACACCAACGAAACGUUUCUUGAAGACCCAUCCAGCAAAAACCCAUGUUUUCUGGUCUGGGUGUUUCUCGAAACAACAACACGUCCCUUUCAAUUGUUAGCAUGCAUAUAUAUGCAUCGCAAUAAUGCGUAUAUAUGCAUUCACAUACAUUCUCAACAAUUGUAAUAUCAAAUGUGGGUUCUCGUCUUCCAUCUAAGAUUCUUGGGGCUGAUUUUCCCGGAUCUUAAAGAUGGCUCUUCUCCGCAAGUUUUUCUACCGGAAGCCGCCAGAGGGGCUCUUGGAGAUCGCCGAUAGGGUUUUUGUCUUCGAUUGCUGCUUUACCAGUGAUGUUCUCAAGGAUGAGGAAUACGACAACUACAUGGGAGUCAUUGUCCAUAAACUGUGCCAGCAUUUGCCUGAUUCCUCAUUCAUGGUUUUUAAUUUUAGGGAAGGGGAGAACCAGAGCCAAAUAGAGGCCAUACUGAAGGGCUACGAUAUGACUGUGAUCAACUAUCCACACCACUAUGAGAAUUGCCCCAUACUCACAAUGGAGACGAUCCAUCACUUUUUGAGGUCGAGUGAGAGUUGGCUAUCGCUUGGGCCUUCGAAUGUGCUUUUAUUGCAUUGUGAGCUUGGUGGGUGGCCAGUGUUGGCCUUCAUGCUCGCUGCCCUGUUGAUAUUCAGGAAGCAGUACAGCGGGGAGCAAAAAACGUUGGACAUUAUUUACAAGCAGGCGCCUCGGGAGCUUCUUCAGUUGAUGUUGCCCCUGAAUCCAUUGCCUUCGCAAUUGAGGUAUCUAAGGUAUGUGUCGAGGAGAAAUUUGGGCUCUGAAUGGCCUCCCCUCGAUAGGGCGCUUACGUUAGAUUACAUCAUCCUUCGAGACAUCCCUAAUGCAGAUGGGGAAGGAGGGUGUCGUCCUAUAUUUAGAAUAUAUGGGCAGGAUCCCUUUAUGGCUGCUGAUCGGACUCCUAAGGUGCUCUUCUCCACGCCCAAAAAGUCCAACGCUGUUCGACACUAUAAGCAGGCAGAUUGUCAGCUUGUUAAAAUCGAUAUCCAUUGUCACGUACAGGGCGAUGUUGUGAUCGAGUGUAUCACCCUGGACGAUGAACUAGAAGGGGAAGAGAUGGUUUUCCGUGUCAUGUUCAACACCGCAUUUAUUAGAUCAAACAUUUUGAUACUUAAUCGCGAUGAACUUGAUAUUCUCUGGGAUGUGAAGGACGAAUUUUCAAAGGACUUCAGAGCAGAGGUUCUUUUCUCGGAGAUGAAUUCUGCUUCUUCCAUGAUAACGCCUACUUUUCUUGAUAUUGACGACCAAGGAGGAGGAGGUCUUCCUAGUGAAGCGUUUGCUAAAGUUCGAGAAAUUUUUAGCAAUGUGGAUUGGCUAGACCCCAGAACCGAUGUAGCUCUAGAUAUCCUUGAAAUCAGAGCAGCAAACAUUAUUCAAGAAAGGUUGGAAAACAUAUCUCCCCGGCCUGCAAGAAAGGAUAAACUCAUCAAGAGCGCUUCAACUUUGACGAAUGAAGUCAUUGAGAAUUUUAUUUGCCAGUCACCAACAGACGAAGAUUUCGAGACGAGCUUUCUUGAGUUGGCUAGAAAACUAAAGAUUGGGAGCAGCACUUUUCAAGAUGCUAUAGAAGGGAUAAACUUACCGAGGAGUACUAGUAAAAAGAACAAUUCUGGAAAGUCUGGUGCACUACUAGCUGAGCUAUAUGAAGGAGUCACUGAUGAAUUGGAUAGUAGUAACAUUGGAGAUUCAUUCCCUUCACCCAAGAACACUCCAAUGCUGGCUUCAAAGUUAAUGGCAAACGAUGAUGAGACACCAAAGUCCUCACAAUUAGAAAAUGAUACUAAGCCCCAAGAUCGACAGAUUCCUCUUCAUGAGCCUCCUCAGUCGGAAGUCACAUCUCAUCCUCCACCUCCAGUCCUGCCUCCCUCGAGGUUCCAUGGUAGUGGUGGAUCAACAGUUGGCAUUACGGCCUUGCUAAAAGAAAGCACUUCCUCAGUGACAAUGUCCCCAAGGCAUGCCAUUUUAGCAUCUGUUCCAGGUUUAUUAAAGCCUUUGUCACCUAGAAAAUCGUUGCUUUCCCCCCAGUUGCCAUCCUCAAGUCAGUUUCCUUUGGGGACAGUACCCUCAUCACAAGCAGCUGUAUCUCUUAUUACCAGCAAAUUGGCAUCUUUAAUUCCACCUAGCGUGCCUCCUCCUCCUCCUCCUCCUCCUGAUGGCCAGGAUUCCAACAAAGUACCUGAAAGUUCUACUACUGAUCCUCCCUGUGCCCCUCCAUCAAGUUCAGGGAUAGACCCCGUUCCUGCAGCCUCUUCCAUCCCUCCACCGCCCCAACCUUGUCCACCUCCGCCACCUCCUCCCAUGUCAGGAUUAGAUUCAGGCCAUCCUCCACCUCCUCCUGCUCCUUGUCCUCCACCGCCACCUUCAGUUUCAAGUGCUAAUGCUAUGCCUUCAGCUCCACCGCCACCCCCUCCUCCCGGGGGUUCUACAAAUACUCCACCACCACCCCCUCCUCCCGGGGGUUCUACAAAUACUCCACCACCACCCCCUCCUCCUGGGGGUUCUACAAAUACUCCACCACCACCCCCUCCUCCCGGGGGUUCUACAAAUACUCCACCACCACCCCCUCCUCCUGGGGGUUCUACAAAUACUCCACCACCACCCCCUCCUCCCGGGGGUUCUACAAAUACUCCACCACCACCCCCUCCUCCUGGGGGUUCUACAAAUACUCCACCACCACCCCCUCCUCCCGGGGGUUCUACAAAUAAUAAUCCACCUGUUCCACCUCCGCCAAUUGGCGGAACUCCACCAGGUGGUGGUGGAAGUAUACCUCCACCUCCCAUGGGUGCAAAGGGAGGGAAAUUGCAGGCCCGGACAGGCGUUAAGAAUCAGGGUCAGAGCAAAAGGACGCCCUUGAAACCAUACCAUUGGUUGAAGAUAACAAGGGCUAUGCAAGGAAGCCUAUGGGCUGAAGCUCAGAGACCCGAGGAAGCUUCCAAAGCUCCUGAAUUUGACAUGUCUGAACUUGAGAGUCUCUUCUCUGCAGCUGUUCCAAAAGCAGCUGGAAAAUCAAGUCGUCGUGCUGCGGGACCAAAGUCUGAUAAAGUGCAACUGAUUGAUCUCCGAAGGGCAUAUAAUUGUGAGAUUAUGCUUACAAAGGUUAAGAUUCCUUUGCCAGAUUUAAUGAGUUCAGUGCUCGCUCUAGAUGAUUCAGCAUUGGACAUUGAUCAGGUUGAUAAUCUUAUAAAAUUUUGUCCAACAAAGGAGGAAAUGGAAGCUCUUAAGAAUUACAAGGGGGAGACAGAUAACCUUGGAAAAUGCGAACAGUUUUUCUUAGAGCUGAUGAAAGUUCCAAGGGUAGAAUCCAAGCUCAGAGUCUUUUCAUUUAAAAUUCAAUUUUGUUCUCAGGUUUCUGAUUUAAGAAAGAGUUUGAAUGUUGUGCACUCUACAGCUGAUGAGGUCAGAAACUCUAUCAACUUGAAAAGAGUCAUGCAGACCAUUCUUUCAUUGGGUAAUGCUAUGAAUCAUGGAACUGCAAGGGGUUCUGCUGUUGGAUUUCGAUUGGAUAGUCUUCUAAAACUAACUGACACACGUGCCCGUAACAACAAGAUGACUCUAAUGCACUAUCUUUGUAAGGUUCUGUCUGAAAAGCUACCAGAAGUAUUGGAUUUUCCUAAUGACCUUGAGAGUUUAGAGGCUGCAUCGAAGUUACAACUGAAAUUUUUGGCAGAGGAAAUGCAAGCCGUGAGCAAGGGGUUGGAGAAAAUUCAACAGGAACUGACUGCCUCAGAGAAUGAUGGUCCUGUGUCAGAGAGCUUUUGCACGACUUUAAAGGAUUUUCUUGGCUAUUGUGAAAGCGAAGUGAAAUCUCUGGCUACGUUGUAUUCGGGAGUGGGAAGAAAUGCUGAUGCUUUGGCUCUCUAUUUCGGAGAAGAUCCUGCACGCUGCCCAUUUGAACAAGUUGUGUCGACUCUGCUCAAUUUCGUGAGGAUGUUUAAAAAAGCUCAUGAAGAAAACUGCAAACAGCUUGAAUUUGAGAGAAAGAAAGCGGAAAAGGAAGCUGCAGAAAAUGACAAGGCCAAACUAAAUAAUGAUGCAGCUUCCAAAAACGAGUUGGGAGAUGGAAAAACGAAGAUGAGCAGUAGUUGCAUGGGCACCGAACAAUUAAUACAAACAGCGUAGCAUGCACAAUCCUGUCUGUCAUCUUCAUUCACCGUUUCAAUCUUAACUCUAUAUGUGCUCACUCGCUCUAAUAUAAUGGACAACGUAACGUUUUGCAUCAACUACAUUCUACUGCAAGCUAAGCUGUCCACAAGUUACAACGAUCAAUAUCAUGGGAUUUUUCAUUUCAUUGGCAAAGGCUACCUAUUGCUGCAAUGCACGGUGACUUGAAAGAGAGCGAGCCAGCCAUCCAGGCAUGCAACAGUAAAUAUAUCACUAGUGACAGAUUAUUGACAUACGAUCGAAGACCUUGUAGGUUUACAACUGAUAUAUAUGGAGUUGGGAAGGCAUGUAGGUCAGCCACGCUCCCUCAAGGAGGUAGAUUUUAGGGUUUCAUUGUAAAUAUUUCUCUAGUUGUAAUGGAAUAGUCUCCCUGUGUGUGUUAGCAUGUAUACAUAUUUAUAUAUUUCUAUUUCUGGUUUGUAAAGUUGAUAAGUUUUUAGAUGUGUAAAUAGUGUGUCAAAGAUGGUGUUUUGUUAUUGCACCACAUGAUCUCAAUUACAUUGAUGUAAGCCUAGGUGAAAACACUAAUUCUUUUUAUCAUUUUUUUAAUGUUAUUCUUUUAGGUGGCCUUCCCAAAA